AUGGCGUAUGACUCCGUUCACAUCAGGGCGUGUAGACAUGUCGGACCCUUCGGGUUGUUUUUGAAAAAGCAUAUCAACAUCAUCUCGCUGAUGCAGUUCGUGGUCUGCAUUUUCUUUUUGCUGCUGAUGAAGCUGUUUGAAAUUUCAUUGCGAGACCUCCUUGAAGAAAACUCCAUGUUUUUGAGACUACUUGGAGCCAAGCGUUGGUCCUUCACUAACAGUACCAGUCGGGUGACCAUUUAUGCGUCCGAUGAAGAAACCAAUUCGCUGCUGGAGACUCGGGACAUGUGUGGGGAUGUCAGCGGCUAUGAUGCGUUGGUCAUCGUCCACACGGCGGUCACGCAUUUCCAACACAGGCAGAGGUACCGAGAUACCUAUGGGAACUUUGACUUCACACGGCCGUAUAGACUGAAGAUUGUGUUUUUUCUUGGGCUGCCAUCAGAUCCUAGCUUGCAGUCUGAGAUUCUGCGAGAGAACACCCAGGAUGGAGACACUGUCCAAGGGAACUUCACCGACACCUAUCGAAAUCUCACCUAUAAAGCUGUCAUGGCAUACAGAUGGGUGUCGCAGAAUUGCCGGCGUGUUAAGGUCAUUCUGAAAAUGGAUGAUGAUGUUAUUCUCGAUGUACACCGGUUUUUUGAGGAGUUUGUUCUGCCUCCCAUAUACCAGCAAGAACUGAUAUUCUGCCACAUCUGGACCUUAGCUGAAGUUGAAAGAACUGGGAAAUGGGGCAUUUCAUUACAAGAUUACCGGGGUGAAUACUAUCCCCCAUACUGCAGCGGGUUUAUCGUUGUGGUCAUGCCAGCUAUAGUAGAAGAUCUGUAUGAAACUGCCCGGGACACGCCGUUUCUAUGGCUGGAUGAUGUGUUCAUUUAUGGUGUGGUCAGGCAGGAGAUGCGGGAUGUCCAGUUGGUCAACCUAGAUGAGGUAGCUUUCAGAGAGGAGCAUUACAAGGCCUGUUAUAAGCAGUAUGGAUACAGGUGCAAGUAUUGGGCGACAGUGCUGCCAGAAGGACAAGAGUUCAUUUCCAUGCUGCUGAGCCUCCGUGCUGAACGUCUGCGGGUUUGGGGUCCAGAGAAACCAAAGACAGACAAUUAUACUGCAAUGCUGUAA